CCCAGCCAACAAGUCGACUUUCACUAAAGAAACUUCAAGACUGAUCAGAGCUUCAAGCAACAUUAUGGCGCUGACAAAACAUUCCAGAUUUACACUGAAUGAUGGGCACAAGAUACCAGUGGUUGGACUGGGCACCUAUGCCCCCCGAGAGUUCCCAAAGUCUAUGGCGGAAGAGGCUGUGAAAGUUGCUCUGGAGGUUGGGUAUCGACACAUUGACUCUGCAUUUAUAUACGCCAAUGAGGUUGAGGUUGGUCGAGCAAUCAAUGCAAAGAUAGCAGAUGGGACGGUGAAGAGAGAAGAUGUGUUCUACACUGGCAAGCUCUGGAGUACCUUUCAGUCCCCGGAGUUGGUCCGUCCUGCUCUUGAGAAGUCCUUGAAGGAUCUACAGCUGACUUAUAUGGAUCUCUUUCUUAUUCACAAUCCCAUGGAGUUCAAGCCUGGUGACAAUCCACACCCAAUAGAUGAAAGUGGAAAAUUGAUUUAUCACAAUACUGAUAUACGAGACACCUGGAAGGCUAUGCAGGAUUGCAAAGAAGCUGGGCUUGUGAAAUCUAUAGGCGUUUCCAACUUCAACCACAAACAACUGGAACUUAUCCUCAAUAUGCCAGGACUAAGAUACAAACCUGUGUGCAACCAGGUUGAGUGUCAUCUUUACUUGAAUCAGUCAAAAUUGCUGGAGUUCUGCAAGUCACACAAUAUACUUCUGGAGGCAUAUGGAGUGCUGGGCUCAACUCGUGAUAUUAAUUGGAUCGACCAGACUGCCCCAAUCCUGCUGGAGGACCCUGUGCUUAAUGCCAUUGCAAAAAAACAUGGCCGAACACCUGCCCAAGUGGCAAUGAGACACAUGCUACAGAGGAGGAUAGUGGUUCUUGCGAAGAGUUCUAAGCCGGAGAGGAUCAAGCAGAACUUUGAGGUUUUUGACUUUGAGUUGAGCAAUGAGGAAAUAAAAACUCUCAAUGGACUGAACCAAAACAGACGCUAUGUAGAUGUGUCUAGGUUUAAAGAUCACCCAAAAUAUCCAUUCCAUGAAGAAUAUUAAAUUCAUCUGUUUUGCUGUGAAACUUUAAUAAUGAUCUCUGACCUGUGUACAUGAAGCAAGAAGUUUCCACGUAUUCUAAUCAUAUGCAAACACAAUAAAGAAACUGCUGAAACCAAGA